UUCGUGCUUUAAUACCUCAAUUUGGAUCGGGAGGGAGAAACGGAGUGCGAGCAAGCGAGAUCGCGACGGAGAUCGAUCUCCACCUCGUCGCCUUCGCGUUCCUCUCUCGUUCUCAUUCCGCGUAAGCAAGCUGGAUCCGUCGCAAGAGACGCCGUUGAAGGCACCGACGCCGGCGCCUGCGUCGGCGUCCAACGGUCUCAUCCGGUACCGGUCGCCGUCCGCACCGGAACUCAGCCGCGAACCCGUGGAUCUCGAGGCCAAGAUGAAGAGAGCGCGGCAGGAGUCCAUCCCCGACAAGAUCCAUCGAUAUCGCGCUGUCGUCCUCGCCGUGACGGUGCCCCUCUUCCUGCUCUCCUUGUUCCUGUUCCUCAUGCCUCGCACUCCCACGACCAUCGCCGUUGUCAGGACGAAGCAAAGGCCUGGAGGGUAUGCGGGAUCUAAGAGCUACGCUGUUAUAUUUGACGCUGGGAGUUCCGGGAGUCGGGUUCAUGUCUACUGCUUCGAUGAGAAUUUGAAUCUCAUGCACAUAGGGGACGAGUUGGAGCUCUUUGAACAAAGAAAACCAGGUUUGAGUGCUUAUGCUGAAGAUCCUCAGCAGGCUGCAGAUUCACUUGCUCCACUCUUGGAAAAAGCAGAGAGUGUUGUUCCGAAGGAAUUGCGAAAUAAAACACCUGUCAGAGUUGGGGCUACUGCAGGUCUUAGAAAUUUGGGAACUGAAACGUCAGAACGAAUUUUGCAAGCGGUUAGAGAACUUCUUCAGCACAAAAGUUCACUUAAGUUCCAGCCAGAUUGGGUGACUGUUCUUGAUGGAACUCAGGAAGGUGCUUUUCAAUGGGUGACAAUUAAUUAUCUAUUAGGAAGACUUGGAAAAUCUUAUGCAAAUACAGUUGGAGUAGUUGACUUAGGAGGUGGGUCUGUUCAAAUGGCUUAUGCCAUUUCAGAAGGCGACGAUGAAAAGGCUCCAAAAGUCUUGAAUGGAGAGGAUUCGUACGUACAGAAAUUGUUUCUUAAAGGAACUCAAUACUACUUGUAUGUCCACAGUUAUCUGCACUUUGGUCUAUUAGCAGCUCGUGCUGAGAUUCUGAAAGUCACUGAUGAGGGCAACAACUGCAUAUUGGGUGGCUACCAUGGGUCAUACAAAUAUGGUGAUAAGACAUACAAAGCAUCUGCCUCAUCGUCCGGUGCCAGCUUUUCCAAAUGCAAGGACGAUGCAAUUAAGGCUCUUAGGAACAAUGAACCAGCCUGCACGCACAUGAAGUGUACAUUUGGUGGCAUCUGGAAUGGUGGAGGUGGAGAUGGGCAGAAAAAUUUAUUUGUAGCAUCUUUCUUCUUUGACCGUGCUGCCGAGGUUGGUUUUAUAGAUCGCGACAAGCCAAUGAGUAAUGUUAAACCUGCAGACUUCGAGGAGGCCGCAAUGCGUGCUUGCCAGUUGAACGUUGAGGAUGCAAAGGCAGCCUUUCCUCUUGUUCAAGCGGACAACCUUCCCUACCUGUGCAUGGAUCUCGCCUACCAGUACGCCUUACUAGUAGAUGGGUUUGCCAUAGAUGCACAGCAAGAUAUUACACUGGUUAAGCAGGUGCCAUACGGUGAUGCCUCAGUUGAGGCGGCAUGGCCGCUCGGCAGUGCUAUCGAAGUAGCUUCAUCAUCAUCAUCAUAAGCUUUUGGGAUAAUUUCAAGUAAAUUCUUGACCUCAUAUUGCAGGAAGGAGUAUUGGGGAUAUAAAUCACAUUCUUUUUUUGUAUUUUUAUUUUUGCAUUAAGCUUCAUUAGCUUAUGAUGGCGACUUAAUAAAAGAUAUACAGAGCUUCGGUUUAUAGAUUUUCAUGUUCAACUAUCGCAUUCAAAUUGUAUGAAUUUUAUUGUUGAUUUGCCAUUAACGAGCCCAUUCACGUACACC